AUGCUGAGUUCACUCCUGAGCAUUCUUUUCACCCUACUAGUAAUAGGAUUUAUUGUAGGGAAUUUUGCCAAUGGCUUCAUAGCGCUGGUGAACUGCGUUGACUGGGUCAAAAGACAGCAAUUCUCCUUGUUGGAUCAAAUGCUCACUGCUCUGGCGGUCUCCAGAAUUGGGUUGCUCUGGAUAACAUUAACGAGUUGGUAUGGGAUUGCACUGGAUCCAGCUUUAUAUAGUUUUGAAGUCAGAAUAAUUGUUCAUGUUCUCUGGACGGUAACCCAUCAUUUUAGCCUCUGGUUUGCUACUAGCCUCAGCAUAUUUUAUUUGCUCAAGCUGGCCAACUUCUCUAGCCUUAAAUUUCUUUACCUAAAAUGGAGAGUGAAAAGGGUAAUUCACAUCAUUUUGUUGGGGAGUUUUAUGGUCUUGGUUUCUCAUCUUGCACUGGUAAGCAUCAGUGAAAAUACGUUGGCAGAGGAUUAUGAAGGAAACACCACUUGGAACUCCCAUUUGAGGCAUGAUGUAUACCUUUCCAACCUCAUUGUGUUCACCUUAGUAAAUUUCAUCCCUUUUACUCUGGCCCUGAUAGCUCUGCUGUUGUUAUCUUUUUCUCUGUGGAAGCAUCAUAGGAGGAUGCAGCUCGGGGCCAGAGGCACCCAGGACCCCAGCACCAGGGUCCACGUCAGAGCCUUGCAGACCGUGGUCUCGUUCCUCUUGCCGUUUGCCUGUUACAUCCUGUCUCUAGUCAUCUCAGUUUGGAGUUCACCAAACUUACGGAAUAAACACACCGGCUUGUUUUGUCAGUUUCUUGGAGUCCUGUAUCCUUCAAGCCACUCAUGUAUCCUCAUCUGGGGAAACAAGAAGCUAAAGCAGGCUUUCGUGUCAUUUCCGAGGCAGCUGAGGUGCCGGCAGAAAGAAAGGAAGAGGGUGGGAGCUCUGGCAUCUUCGUGCAGAAAACAAAUUGGUUGA